CCGGCCUGGCGGGGAAACAUGGGUAGCUGGGAGAGGCGGGUGACAGAGUUUUGAGUGCGCUUUCUCGGAAGUGUUUGGAAGGAAAAAAGGUCGAGAGGCCCUUCUGUCAAUUUAGCUCCACCCCAGCAAGAGAACCGGCGCCCAUCCUAAGUGAGGAAAACGCAGCGUCCUGCAGUCUUUGCUGACCCCUACCUGCAGGCGCUACCAUGAGGUUGAAUCAGAACACUAUGUUGCUGGGGAAGAAGGUGGUCCUGGUACCCUACACCUCAGAGCACGUACCUAGGUACCAUGAGUGGAUGAAAUCAGAGGAACUGCAGCGUUUGACAGCCUCAGAGCCAUUGACCCUGGAGCAGGAGUAUGCGAUGCAGUGCAGCUGGCAGGAGGACGAUGACAAGUGCACCUUCAUUGUGCUGGACGCAGAGAAGUGGCAGGCCCGGCUAGGCCCUGCUGAAGAGAGCUGCAUGGUGGGCGAUGUGAACCUCUUCCUCACGGAUCCGGAAGACCCCACUUUGGGGGAGAUUGAGGUCAUGAUUGCAGAGCCCAGCUGCAGGGGCCAGGGCUUCGGCACGGAGGCUGCUCUCCUGAUGAUGUCCUAUGGAGUGACCAAGCUAGGUCUGACGAAGUUUGAGGCAAAAAUUGGGCAAGGAAAUGAACCCAGUAUCCGGAUGUUCCAGAAACUUCACUUUGAGCAGGUGGCCCUGAGCAGCGUCUUCCAGGAAGUGACACUUAGACUGACAGUGAGUGAGCCUGAGCGGCAGUGGCUUCUGGCUCAGACCAGCCAUGUGGAGGAGAAGGCUUACAGAGACGGGUCAGCAGAGCACCAGUGACAGCCAGGCCCUGGCCGCCCCUCUGCAGGAGCUGGGCGUGGGGCCUAGCCACUCCAAGGACCAGAGCUCUUCGCAGGAGAUAAAUGUGUGGUCCCUUUGGUCCCAGUCCAAACUGGGAGUCACCUUUCAAGGACCUUCAGACUUGGGCUGGGUUUGCCUUGGCCUCUCCCUGACUGGCGCCCUGACUUCUCUUCACCUCUCGGCCAGACUGACUCAGAUGCCCCUGGAUACAUGGCAAGAAUCUACUGGGAAGGGCAGGGUGGAAGUGGGCAUGGACAGGCCUUCCUCUGCAGGACCAGAGCUACCACCUGGGGGCAGCACCCUGGCUGAGAGUAAAGCACUGGGUGGCCAGCUUC